GACUGUUACUGCCUUGCCAUUGCCUUUUCUACGCCGCAUCAUCUGGUUGUCUUCGGAAACGGCUUUCUUCAGUCGUUGGAAAUUGCCGUCAGUCUGCGGGUGCGCCUACAAUCACAUCGCUAAUUGUUGUGUCUUUGUUACGGAAACAGAUCAAUCCUCCGCUGAUUACUCUCACCAAAAAACCGGUUCUCUACCGUCGAGAUCGGACUUGUCAUUAGUAUCGGGCAACGGGGAACUCGAUUUGUCCAAUUCUUCAAGAAAGCACAAGCCGAAGCCUUUCACCUUGCUUAGCCGCACCAAGUCAUUGAAGGACAGGGAAGGGCCGAGUCCCAAGGGUACCAGUCCAAAGGAGCCCAAACCGGCAAAAAUGCAGGAACCAGAUCGGGCACUCACCUUUGCGGGUCAACAACCCCUGACGACGGCACCGCUGCAAUCGGAGGGGCCCGACCGCUCAUUCAGGCACGUUGUCAACUCAUCAGCACGAAAUCACUCGGCGGAUCGAGCUCUGCCCCGAGACACGACGAACAAAGAAAUUAGACAAGAUAAAGACGUCCACAACUACAACCGAAGCCAUCCCUCCUCCUUCAGGGACACCGCAGGCUCUGCCUUUCUUAGUGGACUAAAGAGUUCUGGCACACGCGCAGCCGACAUGAUAAGCAAGGGAUUGUUUGGCAAGGGUGGGAGGAGUGGAAGCACGACCGAAAGGGAGCCGCAUGUGGACGACGAGCAUUACCAGUUGAAAGUAAUCAACCGCCCGUUGGUGGAACAGACACGUUUGACAAGGAUAUCAAAAAAGUUGGAAGAGUCGCGGGAUAAGACGGAAUUCUGGAUGCCGGCAUUUCCAUGGCGUGCCAUCGACUAUCUGAACUACAAGGGGAGCGACGUGGAGGGCCUAUAUCGUGUUCCCGGGAGCGGGCCGCAGAUCAAGAAAUGGCAAAGGAGGUUUGACGAAGAAUUCGACGUCGAUCUGUUCGCGCAGGAGGACCUAUACGACAUCAAUAUCAUCGGAUCCAUGCUUAAAGCCUGGCUACGAGAACUACCGGACGAGCUCUUUCCGAAAGAAGCCCAAGAGCGCAUUUCUCGAGAAUGCUCUGGGGCCGAAGAAGUGCCACAGCUACUCGUCGAGGAACUCUCCAACCUAUCGCCUUACAACUACUACCUGCUCUUUGCCAUUACCUGCCACCUGAGCUUGCUCCUGGCGCACUCUGACAAGAACAAGAUGGAUUUCAGGAACCUCUGCAUUUGCUUCCAGCCAUGCAUGAAGAUCGACGCCUUCUGCUUCCGAUUUCUCGUCUGCGAUUGGAGGCGAUGCUGGCAGGGCUGCAAAAACGAGGCCAAGUUUAUCGAGGAAGAGUACAUGUUGAUGAACCAGCCACCCCCUAGAGCGCUCAGUGGCGGGGGCAACCGCGGCCGUUCCGCGUCCAACAGCAACGGCGCGAACGGCACAAACGAGACCCAGGAUGAGCGCAACAUAUCGUCUUCGGACAGUAGCAGGCAGUCAGCUCUGGCGCGUGAGCAAAAUCAGCAGCAAAACGGCAAGUUACGGAAGAAGCCUAUCCCGCCUGCACAGUCGAACGGCAGCAUGGAGUCAAAUAAUUCGACCAUUUCGACCAACUUGACUGUCGACAGCGACAGAGAGCUGCCAAGGAGGUCAGGAGAUCUGAGGCCACUGUCACCAAUCAAACCGCUCUCUCCUCUCGGCUUUUAGUUGAGGCCUUCGAACAAAAGGAGCACGAGACGAACCAAGAUAUCUCCAAAGCGGCCUGCUUUUCUGACAUGCGAGACAUGAAACCACCUCUGGCGGAACUGUAUGUUUUAACACGAAGACAUAUUCUCACCCCUUUUUAUCUCGACUCACGAUUUUACGCACCGUUGACGAUCAUACAAAUUUUCCUAUGUUCGAGUUG